AUAAACUGGUUUCAUGCUCCGGUUCUCGAAGUGAACAUUUUUUAUUAGUUUUUUUCAUCUCGUGCUUUUGAUGUGAUAUUUAGAUUUUCGUACACUUUCUCAAUGUAAUUAUCCGUGAACUGCAGGUGUAUUUCCUCUACCUAUGUUUCAAGAAUAUGUUGUGCAGAUGCAACCGAUUCCAAAGAAGGUUUCUUCCAAUCAUGUCUCCCAAGAAGAAAACAAUGAAUCCUUCUUCAUUUUAUAAUUUUUUGUUUUGGCUGUUUUUCUUUGAACUCAACUGAAGGAAAUUUAUCAUUCAGUCAAAGUGUUGUUUACACAAAAGCAAAGAUGUGGCCUAAAUUUGUGGAUAUGACCGACAAUGAGUGCAAAUUGAUGUUAAGGAAAUUAGAACUGGAAGCAUACGGCAAUAUGGUGUCUGCACUAAGAGCUCAAGGACCACUCACUGACGAAAAGAAAAGUUUGCUAAUGGAUAUUGCUGCAGAACUUCACAUUCCACGUGAGCGAUAUAGUGCUGAGAUCCGACGCGCAGUGAACGAUGAAAAACUCUCCACUAUUGCACAACAGAUAUAUGGACCAAAUACUGAAAUAAAGUGGGCUAUCGAAGGAAGGCGUGAAAUACCCAUCAUCCCGCGGCUUCAUGCUCAGACAGCAUAUUCAUUUCUAGCUGAUAAAAUUGCAAACAUAACAGCUGCCGAAAAUGCGAAGUUGCCUUUUCCAACCAAAGCCAAUAGGAAAGAAGUGGAGCCUGUCAAGCCAGACAAGCCGAAAAGAAGGUCUGUGAAGAAACCAAAGCAAGAAAACGAAGGUCCAUCAGAAGAAAAUUCUAAGGAAAAGAGCAACGAUGAGAAAUCAAAGGCCCUUCCAAGUGACAUUUUAAAUGAUGGAUGUGUAAAAUCUGCUGUUGAUAAGAAUGAAAAUGCCAACGCCCCUUUGCAAAAAGUUUUUCUUGGUGAAACUUUCGGGAAUAACUUUCCGAUCAUUAAAAGUGGCACUAACUCACCGGUCAAAAAAAGAAGGGUGGUAGCAAAAACCACUGUAAACAAACCGCUCACCACAGUCGCACCGAAGAAUGCCAAGAAUGGAAAGGCAGUCGCUACACCAAAAACAAUGCCCUCCAGUAUUUCCAAGCCCACCCAAAUAAUCUCAGCUGUGAAGCAAGGGACAUCAACUGGUCACAAAGUGGUAGCAGUCGGUUCCAGUAUCCCGCCGAGCGCAUUGAAAGUAGUAAACAAAAAUUUUAAUAGUCAAUUUUCAUCAAAUCCAACAUUUCCAACUUCAAGUCCAGUUGUGACUGGAAUUAAAGUGAUGACACCUCGCUCCUCUGUUACCACUGCUGCAUCAAGGUCAGAGCCUGGAACAGGAUUUCCUCGAUUUAUGCGGCCGAACCUCGCUUCGGUCCGACCGAAUGUUACCAAUAACCUAACUGGCGUCAAGCACAAUGUUGUAGUCAUGCAGAAAAACCCACCGAUAAAACGGAAUGUAACUUUUACUCAUAAGGAUACACCUGACAAAGUGUUGAAAAGGAAGAUGCCCAACAGUGUUCCGCUACACUUGGAAUCACCCCACUCGAAGGUGCCAAAGCUAAACCAAGAUAGCACUCCUGCUGUUUCAACAUCCUCUCAGGGGAGUGUUCGUAUGAAAGGUGCCAACCAAAAUAGCUUCAGCAACCUUCCUUCUCAGUUGAGCAAGCCACCAUCAGGAUAUCUACCCUCGACAAGCAUCAGCAAUAAUGUCAAAACAUACACCAAGUCAAAGCUUAUUCUCCCUCUUGACCACACAAAAUCAAAAUGUAUUACCAGUAGCAUCACGCCAGCAAAAUCUCCAUCUCCCGCGCCCAUUACUUCUGUACCUAAACCUUUGCCUUUAAAACCCGCUCAAUCCCCUGUAAUCCCAGAGUCGAAGCCCGGUCCAUUGCUGAAGAAAAUAACAAAAGCACCAGCUCCGUCAACACCUGUCAUGAACAGAAUAUUAACACCUAGCAGCAGCUCUGUUCCGGUUGCUUCCUCGACCAAAAUUAUCAUCACAGACAAUGAAGGCAAAGUGCUAGGCACUGUCCCCUCCUCUAGCAUAACUAGUCCUCAAAGUCAGCUGAAUCUUCUUUUUGCAAGUUCUGCACCUAGCACUGAUGUUCUGUCCAAGAGUACAACCGUGUCGUCAAAUUCCGCAGGGAGUAAUGAUAGCUCGACCAAAGUCAAAAGUGUAGUCAUCCCGAGCAGCAAGUCCACCACUUGUUACGUCUCUUUGGCAGGACUGAUGUCCUCCCCCGUUCCUGAAAACCAAACUCUAGACGUCGAUCUAAGCGAGAUUGGAGGAACUUCAUCCGGUGUCUGUGAUACUCAAAAUAUUGGUUCAAAAUCUCAGUUCAAUUUCACUGUUGAACAGGAGCCGAUAGUUGUGAAUGUACCAUCCACGUCUGAUACAUCAUGCAGCAGUUCUUUCAUUCCGAGCUAUUGUUUAUCGACUUCUACAGAAGUGAAUGAAGAAGCCACUGAUUUGAAUGAAACGGAUGCUGAAGGAGUCGGUAUAUUGGAUCCAGUCACAGGCGUCUACUCUUUUCCAUUUGAUGAAAAUGAAUCAAAUCAAGAUUCAACCGUUAGUGUAAAUUCUCUUCCUAGUUCUCUCGAUCUGACAGAUCAGUUAGACUGUAACUCAAGUACACACAUGUUAGCAGUAUCUCCAGGUUCCGAAUCUGCAAAUGAUUCAUCCUUAUCUCAUAUGGUUGAAGAGACAGUAAUAUCGGAGUGUAAAUUGGACCAGUCAGCACUGGAUGAAAACUGUGAGAACGAAACAGUCAAUGAAUGUGAUAUAAGUAAUAUCUCUGUCACGGAAGUGACUCUGGAAGAAACGUUGGAAUGUUUUGAGGCUGAUGAUACUCAAGGAAUGUAUAGCGAAGAAAUUGUAGAGAAAGACUCGCAGAGCAUUGACAGUGUUUUCGAAAACUUGUGAUAUUUUUCCCUAAAUUAGGUAUUUAUUUUUAUUAUUGUAUCAAUUGUGUAAUAUAUGUAUUUUUACCUGUUAAUUAAUUUUCAAUUCUCAACCUGUUAAUAUCAUUCUCAUUUUUUUUAUUUCAAAGCAAAAGUAUGAUUCACUUACUGUAAGCCGGAGGUUUUGGAAACCAAUAUCCAUCACCCCUUGUCUUAGGGUUUCAAAGAGUUGCUCUUGUCUUGAGUUUUUGUCCACGUGGGUUAAUCAGCAAGAAUAGUGAAGAAUACAAAAGGAAAAUGAAUUAAAGAGCUUCCCCAUCUCGUUUUGGCAACCGCUAACCUCUUAAUCAAUUUACUUUAUGAAGUUGGUCGUAUUCAAUCGGCUUCAUCUCCUGAAGAACGAAUUUUUUGUAAUACCUCAAAGCAUGUUUUCAAGAACGUUCAUCAAUAAAUAUUUUUUAAGCAUUAAUAUUCUUGCAUGAAUCAUGAAAUUGAAGAGAUGGCCUUUCUCCCAUACUCACAAGUGGUGUGAGUACUUCUGUUUGCAAUGGCAUGAAAGUAUUUUUUUAUACUCAUUUAACCGUAUUGUUCUCUCAGAACUAUCUCCAUCAGGCAAUAUUUGCAUUUUUAGAAUUUAAUUUUGUGGUUUAAGGCCCAAAAAGUCUUAUAAACUUAAAUGUAGACCUAUUUGUAACACAAUCAGUUUUAAUUCGAUAACAUAAGUUGAAAAAUGCGAGUCUCAGAUUAUGACAUCGUAAGCCUUUCUUGUUUUAUUUUUUGAAGGAAAUCUAAUCAACAGUUUCUAUUAAAAGUCGUGAAUUUUCCUCUUUCACACUAAAGCACCAUACAAAAAUGCAAGGAAGCAUUUCUAUUUGUCUUCCUUGAGGAAAAUAUGUCAGUGUCAGAACCUUUGAAAUGGUGCACAUGAGAGCCGCAUUUUUUGCGUUUAGCCGUCAAAUUGUUUUUCAAACCAUUCGUCGGUUGAACAUAUAAUCUCUUCAAUCCAUGCACUUUAAUAUCUUUGUGAUUUUGAUAACUAUAACUUAACAAUAUGAAACGAUUGUAACUAAAUUUUCUUCUUGUUUCCGCAGGAAACUAAUUGUGAAUGCUUAGUAUUUUUACUUUCAGCGGCAAGAAAUGAGUUCAGAAUUAUUGGUUAGUGUUCAAAAUUGCUGAUUUUUGCAUUUUUAAAUACCAAUUUUACACCUGACAGGGUGAAGUUAAAUUUCAAGUCAGUUGGUUGACAUUAACCAAUUAAGUUUGUAUAGCUGUCACUGAAUUCGACCAUGUACUCAAGCUCCAUCUUUAAACUCUUAUCAGACACAACAUUUUAAGAAAGAAUGCGUUCACUAUCCAGAUCAUUUGCGCUCUAAAAAAUCAGUCAUUGCAAAGGUGUUUCUAAAAAAGAAAUUAGUUUGAAUGUUAGCCAAUUUCGAACAUGUUAACUUUCAUACAGGUCAAAAAUUCUUGCAGUGAUUCAAUAUGUGAAUUCAGUUUAUGAAUACUUGUAAAAAUAUUGUACCUAAAAAAUUGUUCUUUAGGUAGAUGAAAUUUGUUGUUUUGCUUGUUGCACGAAAAGAAGAGCUAAUUUGUCUCUUUCAAUGAAGAUCUAGAACAAAAUUUGAGAUAAAAAUA